AUGGUGUCCCACAAGGCCGUGGCUGCCCUGCUGGUGGUGCACGCGGCCGCCAUGCUGGCCUCCCAGACAGAAGCUGUUGUUCCCAUCUUCACCUACAGUGAACUCAAGAAGAUGCAGGAAAAGGAGCGGAAUAAAAGGCAAAAGAAAUCCACGAGCGUACAGCAGAUGUCUGAGGAGGUGGGCCCUCUGGACCCCGCAGAGGUCGCAGGGGAAGAAAGAAACCAAAUUAUCAAGCUGACUGCUUCUGUGGAAAUUGGAAUGAGGAUGAACUCCAGGCAGCUGGAAAAGUACCGGGCGGCCCUGGAAGGGCUGCUGAGCAAGGUGCUGCUGUCUACAGAGAAGGGUAUGAGGAGGAUGUUCAUUCCCUCCCAAAACUGCACCGAGGCUCUGGUUACUCUGAAGGAGACCCUGGUGCAGUCUGCACCCAAGUGA